GAGAGAGAGAGAGAGUCUCAUCAUCAUCAUCUUCUAAAUGCAAAACAAAACUCUCAAAGCUCACCCCACACCACACACUCUACCUCCAAUCCUGCACUUCUCUCACACACUCUCUCCCUUCCACACUUUUUAAUUAUUACCCAAAAAUGCCUUUUCUCUUCACAUGACACACAUCCACUGGAAAAACUCUAAUAUGGGAAUUUCACAGCAUUGAUGAUUGGUCGCAAAAGUCUGGGAUAAAUGGUGGAACUUUUCUGAGCGUUUGGUCCGAGCUUCCACUUCCAUUAUUACGUGUGGGUGUGUGUGUGCAUGGCUGACAUCACCAUGUUCAACCUCAUGGGGGGAAGAUCAUGAUGAAGGCUCUGCAAUCUGCAUGACAUGGUGGAUCUUGAUGACGAGAGAGGUGUUGCCAGCAGGAAUUCCAAGAAGAAGGAGCUUCUUUCCACUGUUAUGGAAAGAACCAGCGCAUGGAUUUUUUCCCAGGAAAUUCCCAGUGAUGUCACCGUUCAUGCCACAGGAGCUUCCUUUGCACUCCAUAAGUUCCCAUUAGUCUCAAAAUGCGGGUACAUAAGGAAACUUGUAUCAGAAUCGAACGAAGCCGAUCUUUCUGAUAUCAAACUAGUUGACAUUCCUGGUGGGAAAGAAGCAUUUGAGCUUGCUGCCAAGUUCUGUUAUGGGAUUAAUUUUGAGAUCAGCACGGAGAACAUCGCACCACUCCGAUGCGCCGCCGAGUAUCUGGAGAUGACUGAGGACUAUGCAGUAGGCAACCUAGUGGGAAGAACCGAGGCCUACUUGAAGGAAGUGGCAUUGAAGAGCCUUGCAGGAGCCAUCACUGUUUUGCACAGGACAGAAAGCCUCUUUCCAAUUGCAGAGAAAGUGAAAUUGGUUGGCCGAUGCAUCGAUGCAAUAGCAUUCUUAGCCUGCAAGGAGAGUCAGUUCUCCGUGACUGGUGCGAACGAGGACGGUAAUGCUGUAAUUUCUUCUAUGGCUUCGCAUCAUAAGAGCCCCUUUGUGGAAUGGUGGGCUGAAGACUUGACUAUUCUUAGAAUCGAUAUCUUUCAGAGGGUUCUCAUUGCGAUGACAGCCAGAGGUUAUAAGCAAUAUGCACUCGGUCCAAUUCUUAUGCUUUAUGCACAAAAAUCUCUGAGAGGGUUGCAGGACAUAUUUGGGAAGGGAAGAAAGAAAAUUGAGCCAGAGCAAGAGCAUGAGAAGCGGGUCGUUUUAGAAACAAUAGUAAGUCUUCUUCCGAGGGAGAAGAAUACUAUGUCGGUGAGCUUCCUCUCUAUGCUUCUUCGUGCAGCUAUGUAUCUCGAGACCACAGUGGCUUGUCGCCUCGACUUGGAGAAGAGGAUGGGCUUGCAAUUACCGCAAGCUGUUCUGGAUGAUCUGUUGAUACCUUCUUAUUCUUUUACGGGUGACACAUUGUUCGAUGUCGAUACCGUGCAGCGGAUUAUGGUGAACUACUUAGAGUACGAAAUGGAUGGGAGACGUUUGGGAUUUAAUGAGGAUGAAGAGUAUGUUUCUCCUCCUCCUAGUGAUAUGGAGCGGGUUGGGAAGCUUAUGGAGAACUACCUUGCAGAAAUAGCAUCAGAUCGGAAUUUGUCGGUCUCAAGGUUCAUUAGCCUUGCUGAGUUAGUUCCAGAACAAGCGAGGGUGACAGAAGAUGGAAUGUAUAGAGCCAUUGACAUCUACCUCAAGGCUCAUCCUGCUCUCAGUGAACUGGAAAGGAAGAAAGUUUGCAGCUUGAUGGACUGCCAGAAGCUAUCACGAGAAGCCUGCGCUCAUGCCGCUCAGAACGACCGGCUUCCUGUUCAGACCGUGGUCCAAGUCCUGUAUUACGAGCAACAGCGCAUGCGAGAUGCCAUGAAUGGAAGCCUUGGGGGUGAAUCUCCUGCUGCUUCACGCAAGUUAAAUGUGUACUCCACCGACAUCCACCCAGUCUCGGACGAACUCUCUAGCUUGAAACGAGAGAACGAGGAUCUGAAAAUAGAGCUAGUCAAAAUGAAGAUGAGGUUGAGAGAGAUCGAAAAGUCAACACUGAAAUCAGCAGCAGGAAGCCCGGCAGGGAGCACGAUGUCAUCUGCUGAUAAGCCUCCUUUGCCUCGAAAAUCAUUUAUAAACUCAAUGUCGAAAAAAUUGGGUCGGCUUUAUCCGUUUGGAGUCACACCUCCCAAUGCUCGAGGUAAAAUGAAGCCGAGCAAGGACCGGCGGCAUUCAAUAUCUUGAGGAGUUGAUAUGCCUUGCAGCCGUUUGAUACUUGGAGAAGAGAUUAGCUGUCUUCUUGUUUAGCUUUAUGAGGAUCGCAAGCAUAUCUAGAAGUUCCUAUCAGUCUGUUUUGAUCUUUCUUUUUCCCUUUUUUCUCUUCAUCGUGUGUUGUAAAUAUUCUUAUCAUGUGAUCAAUUGUGACAGUUGAAUGGUGAAAAUAGUAUUGCCGGAAUGAAUUCAUUGGUGUC